AUGGAGAUGAUUACAGGCGCGCAGCCAGGGCAAUCAAGUUUUACUCUGAUGCAUGACUACGAUGAUCACCUCAAGUUGCAUCACCGGAUUCUCGCUCCCAGCCUCGGCGCGCCUGCCGCUCCGAAAUAUCAGCCAUUGAUACAGCUUGAGUCUAGGCAGCUUUUGUAUGACCUCUGUCAUGCUUUCCAAAAGGACUCUGGCUUGAUGAGCACUGAUACCAUAUAUCCUUUAUUGGAGCGUACCCAAGCAAGCGUUAUACUAGCGCUUCAUUACAGCCUGCGCAUCCCGCGCUGCGAGGACCACACCCUGCAUGAGAUUAUCGAUAUCCAGACGAAGGUGACGCAUCUGGCUGCGAAUCCCAUCCUACCAGAUCUCAUUCCCCAGUUACGGCACCUGCCCGCCUUUCUGUCCCCUUGGAGGCGUGCUGCCGACAAACUAUAUGCUACCCAGGUCGAUCUAUACAUGCGCCUAUUCUGCCACGGGAGGGAUUCAGAAGGCUGGAAUGCCACAAAGCAAGCUCUCCUGACAGCAGAGAAGCACACACCCGCCGGCGUUCCAGAUGUUGACCUUGCCUUCACUCUCGCGACAUCUGUGCAAGGUGGCAUGGAGACCUCACCCCGCCAGCUGCUAUGGCUUUUCAUCGCAGCACUGAACCAGCCAUCAUGUGUGACUAGGGCACACGCUGUCCUUGACGAUGUCGUCGGGCGCGACCGUCUCCCACUGUUUUCGGACCGGCCAAAGCUCGCUUUCAUCGACGCUAUUGCCCACGAACUGUUCCGCUGGCGUCCUAUCUCACCAGGGUCCAUUCCCCGCAGGGCGGAUCGAGACGACGAGUUCCAGGGAGUCAAGAUCCGUAAAGGCGUCACUGUCAUGGCUAAUGCAUGGGCCAUUGGACGCGAUGAGAAAGUAUUUGAUCCCGCGCUAGGAGAUCCUCAGGACUUCAUACCCGAGAGAUGGCUGCGGCAGGAGCGCGAUGAAGAGGUAACGCUGACAACGGACCUCCCGCUGCCAGUCUUCGGACAAGGCCGGCGCAUCUGUCAGGGCAAGAGGGUCGCUACCGAUGGGACUUUCAUGCAAGUUGCUAGCUUGCUAUGGGCAUUUGAUAUCGAGCUCGCUCAUGGAGAGGAGGUGGAUCCGUGGGCAAUGGUCGUGGUGGGCUUCAUGACAAUGCCGAGGGAUCUGAAAUUCAAGCUUCGGCCUAGAGGUGACUGGGUACUAGAGGUUAUUAGUAGAGAGUGGGAGGCAGCGGAAAAGCGGCUGGGAACGGUAGACGAUGUUGAGAAAUAG